AUUUUCUCAGGACUAGUAGCUUUGAGAAAGAUUUGCAACCACCCUGACCUCUUCUCUGGUGGUCCCAGGAUUUUGAAGGGUGUACCAGAUGCUGAAGUGGAGGAAGCAGAUCAGUUUGGAUAUUGGAAACGUUCUGGAAAAAUGGUAGUGGUAGAAUCCUUGCUGAAAAUAUGGCACAAGCAAGGUCACAGAGUGUUGUUUUUUACUCAGUCAAGACAGAUGCUGCAGAUACUUGAAGUCUUUGUGAGACACAGAAACUAUUCCUACCUCAGGAUGGAUGGCACCACAACAAUAGCUUCCAGACAGCCCCUUAUAACAAGAUACAAUGAGGACAAAUCCAUAUUUAUUUUUCUUCUAACAACUCGUGUUGGUGGCAUUGGAGUUAACUUGACUGGUGCUGACCGGGUUAUUAUUUAUGAUCCUGACUGGAAUCCCAGUACAGACACACAGGCUCGGGAACGUGCUUGGAGAAUAGGCCAGAAGAAACAGGUGACUGUGUAUAGGCUUCUCACUGCAGGUACUAUUGAAGAGAAGAUAUACCACAGACAAAUCUUCAAACAGUUUUUAACAAACAGAGUGCUGAAAGACCCUAAGCAGAGACGCUUUUUCAAAUCCAAUGACCUUUAUGAGCUUUUUACUCUGAGCAGCCCAGAUGUGUCUCAGGGGACAGAAACAAGUGCAAUUUUUGCAGGUACUGGUUCAGAUGUUCAAGUCCCAAAACACCAAUUGAAACGGAAACUUGAAAAGCCACCAGAUAGUGACACUUCUAAAGGUGAUCUCCAUCUUACAGAAAGCAGCUCACCAAAGUACAGCAAGUCAUCCAAUUCCUACCCAACCACCCACACGACAAAUUCUUCUAAAGCAAUGGAGACAAGCGAGGAAACCAAAGGAAAUUUGGAAGUCUUUGACCAAACUAGCUAUGCAAAAGAUAAUGCACAAGCUGCUACUAAUAUAAAUUCAUUGAAUAAAAGCAAGGAGGAAAGCUUGGAAAGAGCUGACAAAUCUAUGUCCCAGUCGUUGCCAGGUGAUGCAGGGUCUUCAGAGAAUGCCAAAUGUCUGAACGCCGUGGUGGCUGAUGAAGUACAUGGAGCAACUAAUGCAAAUGUCAAGGGAGAUUUUAGCCUUACAUGUGGUGCAGCUGGCUCUUGGGAAAAGCGGGUUGCUAAAACUGAAGAUGGGCAAUUAGAUAAUAAUCAUUAUAAAUGUACCUCAAAAACAAAGCACAGGGUGGAUAUUUUGCCACAUGAGAGCCACAAAGAUAAGUCUAAGAAGAAACAUCACAAAGAUGCCAAAUUUGAAGGAGAGCGCAUUCCUCAUCUUGUGAAACAAAAGCGAUACAGAAGGGAGAACAGUGAAGAGGUGGAAGACUCAAAGAGAAAUGAUGAUUACGUCUUGGAGAAACUUUUCAAAAAAUCAGGGGUACACAGUGUUAUGAAGCAUGAUGUCAUUAUGGAAGCUUCCAGUGCAGAUCAUGUGCUGGUGGAAGCAGAAGCAAACAGAGUGGCCCAGGAUGCCUUAAGAGCCUUAAAAGUCUCUCGACAGCGAUGUUUAGGAGCUGCUUCUGGUGUACCAACCUGGACAGGCAUGAGUGGUCUUUCAGGUGCACCACCAGGAAUAAAGUAA